AGGCUCCGCCCUUCGCAGCGAUUGCCAGACAGAAUGACUGUCGGAAAAAAAAAAAAGCGCACAGAGAAGCGCGGGGCUUUUGGGCAAUGAUGCAGAGGACAACGCAUCUAGGAGGAGAACAUGGCGGGUACAAAACCAAGUGCGUGGGAGGGGAGGUCACGAAGUCGAUCGAUUUCUCAUUGCAAGAUCCGGGAAGAGUACUCUUAGCCGAGAAGAUGGCGGCGACACGCAGUGCUCUUUUGGUGAUGGCGGUGUUGGUAGCGUCGGUGUUCGCUACUGCUAGCGCGGCCGAUCUCUUUGGCACUCUCCAGAGCGAUCAACGGUUCAAGGUCGUGGUGAAGGCCCUCGUCGACACACAGGAAGUCGACGCUCUCAGAGAUCGAUCCAACGGAUCAGUUCCGUUCGUCUUCAUCGCGCAGACUGAUGCUGCCCUCCAAGAGGGCCUCGGUCCUGAUGGUCUGGCGUGCAUCACCCGGCCCGAGCACGUGAAGGACCAUAUGGUGCAGAUUCUGCGAUUCAUGGAGGUGGGCCCCUUGUCGCGUCCGGUGAAGACGGCAGCGGAUCUGUCCUCGGUUGCAGUCGACGGCAAACUGCCGACCAUCAACGGCAUGCCGAUCUUCGUGGAGCCGGCGACGGGAAGCGGAGUCAUCCUCAGCGGCGAUGCUGAGCAAGAGCAGUUCUCGGCGACGGUACUGGAGGUGAAGCAGAUCAACGCGAACGUGACUCUUGUCGUCGUUGCGAACGGCUUCCUUGUCCCUGCGCAGGUCGACGAGCAAAUCGCGAUGGCCUGCUUCCUGCCCGCGGCAUCGUCGUCAUCCCCCGCAGUUCCCGUCGCUCCAUCGUCCAAGCAUGCCCCGUCUUCGAAGAAUGCACCAUCAUCCAAGGCCGCAGAGUCUGCUCCCUCAUCUUCGCAAUCCGGACGUCAGGGACGUCCAACGGAGCGGCGCUCGGUUGCAGGGGAACCAGUUCUACGGAAACAGAUUGAGGAUCUUGCCAACUCUUUGGCGAUUAUGAAGGAGGUCUUUGACGCUGAGCAAGCCUGUAAGGAACAUAAGGAGCAGGAGCGAAAAGAGAAAGAGAAGCGGAAACAAGAGGCGAAGGAGCAGUUAGCGAGGGAAGAAGAGGAACGUCUGACUCGAGUACAUCGGGAGGAGCGACGAUGCAUAAAGAAAGAGGAAGGAAAGCGGAAGGAGGCUGAGUUCCGCGAAGGGCUAAGGAAGGAAUUGAGAAUGGAAAUUCGCAUGCAUGUUGGAGGGGCAUGCGAGGAACUACACCAGCGAUUAUUCGAAAGCUUGUCGAAGAGUAAGGGGAAGAACAAGCUACCAGUAUACAGCGGAUCAGACGAUGACGAAGAAAGCGCUGAUGACAGCGACGUUGAGGCCUUGAGCAAAAAAACAGGAGGCCUAGAGAUCAGCAAUAAACGCAAGCGCAGUGUCGAACGCGUCAUCGACGAUAGCCCUCCGAUGGUGACCCCUGCUAAGCGACCGACAAAACGUGGCACGCUGUUGCCAAAGCGUUUUGCGCUCAGCUGUCGGCAUCCGCCUAUGAGGCGAUCGCCGGACAAGAAGACUACGGGAGGAACAGUCGCUAAGAUGAAGAAGAUACCCGCCACGGUGGAAAAUCUGGGGAAACUACGCUAUGUUAAAGAGAAUCUUCGGGUGUUGGGCGGAAUGAAUGUCGAUGAGCUGAAACAGAUAUGUCGAGAUGAGGACGUGCGCUUCGAAGGCAACAACAAGAAGAUGGACACUAUCUUAGCUAUUACCGAUAAACACGCACACGUGGCAUAUGGCACUGACAAGGAGGAGGAAGAGACUACCGAAGGCAGCAUGACUGAGAUCCAGGAUGAUCCUUCUGAUAAAGAGUUGCAUCAGCCUUCAAAACACGAGGACCAGGAGGAGGAGGACAACUGAACCAUUGGUGGCUACUGGGGGCUCUGUAGAGCAUUGAUUGCACUUUGUCGUAAUUCACCAUACAACGC